AUGAGUUCUGCUGCUUCUGAUGGGGCCAAUGGCGUGUCGGGUGGUACUGAAAGUGUGCCUGGUUCGAUGAGCACUGAAGAUGACGUUAUGAUCACUUCGUCGCUGGAACAGAGGACUUUAAACCCUGAUUGGUUUCUAUACACUGAGCUGUUCAAGUACCAUUUAGGGGAAAGAGCAGCUUCAAUUAUUGAUGUUUUGAUCUGCAAAGGUAGACUCAGCAUUUUUGAAAUCCGUGAUCGUAUACCAAAUCUAGACACUAGAAGCGUUAAGAUAACAAUGGUUUCACUCGUUCAAUUACGCUGUGUCAGGUACUGGGAGGAAGUCUCGCAUUCGGGAAAAUCCACUACGUACUACUACAUCAACGAAGACGGUCUGCUACUGUUCUUGUAUUCGGGUCUGAUAAAUGAUGAGUUUAGCAAACAGUUCCCGCAUUCAUCGAUGGAAGUUUCGCAAAUUAUUCAAAAUAUCCUUUCGCUGGGCUCAAUUACGGUAAAAGAUUUUUUACAGAACAUUGAAUCCAAAGAAUCGCAGAUUGAUAUGAUGUCGAUUUUUGUUCGUUUGGUCGAAUCAGAGUUUUUAGUCCCAUUAACAAAAUUACACUGUACGCCAAUCAAUGAUCUUUGGAAUACUCUUUACCAAAAGGAGUACAAUGCUAUUCCAAGGACAUCAACGCUCUCGGAUUUAAAGAAGAGAAGUGAAGCAAAAUCGAAGGCAAAAAUUCAGUUUCAAAGUUUUCUAGAGAAUUCUAAAAGCACUUCUCAAGUUAUUUAUAUCGAUCCAAUAACCUCUUUGAAAGCGAUCAAGAACAACUUACCGUUAACCAUUAAUUUGGAGAGAUUUUUUAAAAUAAGAAGGACAAAGCAUUUAGUUCAAUUUGCAAAGUCUAGAAUUGGAUCAACACCGUCUGAGAUCUAUAGGGUUGCAUUGAGUAUGACAGAAUCAAAAUCUCCACCGCUAACUGACCCUCUGACCAAAACAGGUCUGUUGCAAGAAUUGGAAGAAGCGACUUCAAUCAAAGAGGACAUCGAACUCUCCGAGGAGAAAACUCAAGGAUUAUCCUUUAGCGCCAUUGAUAUUGCAAAACAUUUACCCUCUUCUUUAGACCUGCGAGGAACACUUACAUCAAAAUUGAAAACAAACAAACGAAGUAACGAUUCUAAAGAGUCGAAACUUAAUAAGAAACUGAAAACAAAAGAUGGAUUUGCCAUACCAGCACUUCCUAAAAUAAAUGAGUCAAAGAACGACGUCGACAAGGCUGAUUUUUCUGAUGAUUUCGAAGAUUUCGAUGAUGACGAUCAGGAACCACAUUCAUUGUCAUUAAUUAAUUGUCAUUUAAAACUACUUGCAUCCUCAGCAGUACCUUUCUUAAAAGAAACUCGACCAGGUGUUUAUUUCAUUCCUUACUCAAAGAUUGUACCCCUUUUGAAAUCUUCCGUUUACGAUUAUGUCUUAUCAUCAACUAUGGGUCCUUCUGCAAUGCGUAUAAGACGUUGCAUUUGUGAGAAUAGUUUGGUGUCUGAAAAAGUUAUCAACUCAACAGCAUUGAUGAAGGAAAAAGAUAUAAGAUCAACUAUUGCAUCACUAAUCAAAUACAAUGUUCUCGAAAUUCAAGAGGUACCCAGGACAGCUGAUAGAGCAGCAUCAAGGGCAGUUUUUCUGUUUAGAUCGAAUGAAAGACACGCUUAUAGUUUUAUGAUGCAAAAUCUGGCUUGGAAUAUUGCCGAUCUUCAUUAUAAAAAGGAAAAAAUGAAGGAGGAGAGAUCUACACUCUUAACUAAAGCGAAUAGAGAUGAUGUCAAGGGCAGGGAAGCUGAGCUUCUACUUCCAAGUGAGCUUAAUCAGUUGAAAUCACUCAAUGAAAGAGAGCUCAAUAUCUUAGUUCGUGUCUUAAGAUUGCUUUCUCUUUGGGAAGUUUAUAGAUUAUUUUAA